UUUGGCAUUCAGCUAUAUUUUUCCAUCCUGAAAACUUUCUGAGGAAAACAAUACAAGUUAGAGAGACUACUGGCUCUUAAGACAAAGAUAAUGAAUCAAUUUCUUUAAGUCUCUGUUGCAGAGUUUAUCUUUCCCCGUCUCUCCCAGGAUGCUUUGAGGGAGGAAGUUAAGCCAUUUUGUGCUUGUCCACUGACAAUAACAAGAUACUCGUCCAGGCUGCUGCUCAAACCGCUUGUGCUCGUUUAGCUAAGAGUAACAGGAAAAGCUAUAAGUAAACAGAGAAUAUACAUUUAAUUAGAAUUUAUAGGACUUUUUCGUGUUGUGUUUUCAUGUUUCCGACAGGUUUAUCUUCCCCAAAUCCCCCAGCUCAGGAGGUCAGACAAGCUGCUGAUGGUAACACAUCAAAAAAGAGAAAGUUGAACAAUACAGAAAAGGACGAUUUUGAUCCGAUUUCUUCUCCCAAAACUUCAUCGUCCUGCUCCUCCUCCUCCUCUUCCUCGAGCACCUCUAAUCACAUCCAGAAAAGACUCAGGUUUGAAGACUCUCUGGAUUUUAUAGGGCUGGAUGUGAAGAUGGCUGAGGAAUCCUCUUCACAGCAGAGUAGGAGUAAAAAUCUUUUCAUGUCUACUGUUGCCGGUGGACAUCAUGCUAAUGGACUUACAAAAACAUCAACAGCAUCUAGCUUCGCUAAUAGUAAACCUGGAUCUGCCAAGAAGUUGGUUAUUAAGAAUCUAAAAGAUAAGCCUAAAUUGCCGGACAACUAUACAGAUGAGACCUGGCAAAAACUGAAAGAAGCAGUAGAAGCUAUCCAGAAUAGUACAUCUAUCAAAUACAAUUUAGAAGAGCUUUAUCAGGCAGUAGAAAAUCUUUGCUCUUACAAGAUCUCAGCGAACCUGUACAAGCAACUGAGGCAAGUCUGUGAGGAUCACAUCAAAGCACAGAUUCACCAGUUCAGAGAAGAGUCCUUGGACAGUGUGCUUUUUCUAAAGAAGAUAGACAAAUGCUGGCAAGAUCACUGUAGGCAAAUGAUUAUGAUAAGAAGUAUCUUCUUGUUUUUGGAUCGAACAUAUGUUCUUCAAAACUCAAUGUUACCUUCCAUUUGGGAUAUGGGGCUUGACUUAUUUAGAACACACAUAAUUAGUGACCAGAAAGUUCAAAACAAAACUAUUGAUGGCAUUCUUUUGUUAAUUGAGAGAGAAAGAAGUGGAGAGGCAAUAGACAGAAGUUUACUCCGAAGUCUCCUUAGUAUGCUUUCUGAUUUGCAGAUAUAUCAAGAUUCGUUUGAGCAAAGGUUUUUGGAAGAAACUAAUCGUUUGUAUGCGGCUGAGGGUCAAAGACUUAUGCAGGAAAGAGAGGUUCCAGAAUACCUUCACCAUGUGAACAAACGUUUAGAAGAAGAAGCAGAUAGAGUGAUCACAUACUUGGACCAGAGCACACAGAAACCUUUAAUAGCUACUGUUGAAAAACAACUUCUAGGUGAACAUUUAACUGCCAUUCUUCAGAAAGGUCUAAACAGCCUUUUGGAUGAGAACAGAAUUCAGGAUCUGUCUCUUCUGUACCAGUUGUUUAGUAGGGUAAGAGGUGGUGUUCAAGCACUUCUGCAGCACUGGAUCGAAUAUAUAAAGGCCUUUGGCAGUACAAUAGUAAUUAAUCCAGAGAAGGACAGGACCAUGGUCCAGGAGCUACUAGAUUUUAAGGACAAAGUUGACCACAUAAUAGAUGUUUGCUUCUUGAAGAAUGAGAAGUUUGUCAAUGCAAUGAAAGAGGCAUUUGAAACAUUCAUUAACAAAAGACCGAAUAAGCCAGCUGAACUUAUAGCGAAAUAUGUGGAUUCAAAGCUUCGAGCAGGAAACAAGGAAGCUACAGAUGAAGAACUUGAGAAAAUGCUGGAUAAGAUUAUGAUAAUCUUUAGGUUUAUUUAUGGAAAAGAUGUUUUUGAAGCAUUUUACAAGAAAGAUUUAGCAAAAAGAUUGCUAGUCGGGAAGAGUGCAUCUGUUGAUGCUGAAAAGUCUAUGUUAUCUAAACUUAAACAUGAAUGUGGUGCAGCUUUUACGAGUAAGCUUGAAGGAAUGUUUAAGGAUAUGGAACUUUCCAAAGACAUUAUGGUUCAGUUCAAACAGUAUAUGCAAAACCAGAAUAUGCCGGGUAAUAUUGAAUUGACUGUGAAUAUUCUCACUAUGGGUUACUGGCCAACCUACGUACCUAUGGAAGUCCAUCUACCAGCAGAGAUGGUGAAGCUACAAGAAAUUUUUAAGACAUUUUACCUUGGUAAGCACAGUGGCAGAAAACUACAGUGGCAGUCAACACUGGGACACUGUGUGUUAAAAGCUGAAUUUAAAGAGGGGAAGAAAGAACUACAAGUCUCCCUGUUCCAGACAUUAGUGCUACUUAUGUUCAAUGAAGGCGAGGAGUUUAGUUUAGAAGAAAUAAAGCAAGCUACAGGAAUAGAGGAUGGAGAACUCCGAAGAACACUGCAGUCAUUAGCAUGUGGCAAAGCUAGAGUGCUUACAAAGAUUCCUAAAGGCAAAGAUGUGGACGAUGGCGACAAAUUCACUUGCAAUGAUGAUUUCAGACAUAAACUGUUCAGGAUAAAAAUCAAUCAGAUCCAGAUGAAAGAAACGGUAGAGGAACAAGCUAGCACAACAGAGAGAGUGUUCCAAGACCGGCAAUACCAGAUUGAUGCUGCUAUAGUUCGAAUUAUGAAGAUGAGGAAAACACUAAGCCACAAUCUGCUUGUGUCAGAGGUGUACAAUCAACUUAAAUUUCCAGUAAAGCCUGCUGACCUGAAGAAGAGGAUAGAGUCACUAAUUGACAGAGAUUAUAUGGAGAGGGACAAAGAGAACCCUAAUCAGUACAACUAUGUGGCAUAAAAUAGACAGAAAUUGGCUUAAGUUCUGUGCACUUCUGAGUGUCAUUUCUCAGUUGCCAGUGGAUAACUCACAUGUUGAGCACAUUGACUGUUUUAUACCACUGAUGGACAAGUGAAAGUGGUAUCACAGAAAGUAUAUACGUGAGGACAUUUUCCAGUGGUUGACACACAUUAAAAUACUAUUUAAGUUCAUUUAUGAAUGCUGGUGGACUCUGUAUGCUUUAGGUUUGGGGUGAUAGAAAUUCAAACUGGCACACUUGUAUCCAUCCGUGGAACAACGUUUCAAUUUGCAGAACAGCUUUGUAGAGUAAAGAUUUUUUUAUUUUAACAGUUUUUUAAUGAUCUUUUGACUUUUAACUUGCAUAGUGUCUUUGUUCCCCCUUCCAGCUGUCACCAAUCUGGAUUGGCUUAGCUCUAAUCCUAAAAGAAAAGGCUCAACCAGCCAUUACCGUUGAAGUCCAAAUUUCUUGUUACAUCUUUCUAGCGGCAGGAGAAAAGCAGGUGAACAUAACCCCUUAAAAAGGUGGUGUAAUUGAAAGCUUGCAGUGCCUGGAGCCUUUCUUAGCAAAUGUUAGGUCAUCUCUGCAGCUCAUCAUCUUGUCAGCAUCACUUGCCUUAAUUUACCUUUGAAUUUAAGGAGACAUAGGCUCAUUUUUGUGAGUCAGGGCACUUUUAAGUGAACAUAAGUAUUUUCUAGUAUUGCCUUCUGCAUGAAGACCAAAAAAGACAGUUGUGCUGUUUUCAUUUUUUUUUUUUUUUUUUUUUUUGCUUUCUUCUAGAGGACUGAAUGUAUAGAAUGUCAGAAUGGGAUGUUUUAUUCCAUCGAAUCAAACCCUUCUGUCAUUUCAUUUUAACUGUGAUCCAUGAAACCGAGUUAUUGGAGCAUUUAACCUCCAUGCAGUAACUUUCUCCCACAAUACAGCUGCUAUAACUAUCCCUUCACAAAGCACUGCGUUGGGAGAAGGCUAUUAGUUUAAUUAUUCAAACCUGCAAAGCCUGAUUUAGAAACUGUAACCAGCAAGCGUUUCUUCUGUAUUGGACAGUGUUUUGAACUUGUCUCACAGGGAAAAUAAAAGUUUGUCUACUGAGUUUAUAGUAGGUAAAACUAAAUAACAAAUGUUACCAAACCAGGACAUGGUAACAAGACAAAAAAUAUUUUUCGCAAGCAGAUGGUCAGCACUUUGCCAGCCUUACUGUUUUGCUCAUUGCACAUAUGUAUUAUUUUGCAUUUGUGGAGUCCUGAUAUGCAAUCAUUGUUGUAUGUACAGCAAAGUAUUUCAGUUCAAAACAAAACAGAAAUCAUUGUUAAAAGUUGUCUUUAUUGUUUAUUUAGUUGUAUUUAUGAAAAAGUUUGUAGGUGACAUGAAUACACUUAUCUUUUUUUGGUCUUUCACCUCACCUGUGGAUUAAAUUGUACUUAUGUUGUGAAAGUGGUCAAAAGCAGUUACUAAAUACUGAGUUUGCUCUUUGCUUAUUCGUUAAAAAAGUCUUGCUUUGGUUUCUUUCUCCUCUGAGUUUAUAUACAGGAUGGUAUUGUACCUUUCCCAGCAAGGAUUAGCAUUUUGUUUUGUUAUCUUAACUAUAAGAAGGUAAACAUUGUUUCUUUGUUUCAAAUAAACUGUUGGUCCUAGCAUAUGACUAGGAAGAAGGUGCCAAAGUGACUGUGGAAGGAAAUCAAGUUUUGCAGAGUUACAAAUGGCAGUUUGUUUGUUGGCCUUGCUUUAACAGCUUUGUAUUCUUUUUUUCCUUUCUUUUUAAGGUGUACUAACCCUUUAUUCCAGUAUAGCUAGGGUUUUAAUAAUUUCAAAAAUAUACUAGUACAUGCCCAGAGAAUUGAUGAGCACUGGAGACUGUUUUUAUGGACUAUACCAGUAAUGUUACUGGGAAGACAGUUUCUUGAAUGGUAUACACUGAAACCGUACAGGAGCAGCAGCAUUCAGAAGGAGAUUCACCAGUACUGUGUCAGUCCUUCAGAAACCGUAUAUUUGAUUUGUUCUGUGCCACUUUAAGGAGCCUUGACACUCAGCUGCAGUAAUAAGUAUAAGACACGUUGCUUGUUCAGUACUGCAAAUUUGGAAACGGGCAUGUUGCAGUUGUACAUCCUUUAAAAGCAAAAAUGAGAUCUUUUUAGUACUUCAUAAUUAAUUUAAAAGGCAACAAGGGGGACAGAGAGUCUUUCUAAGUUGGUAAAUAUUGUAAAUAUGUGUCCCUUUUGAAAAGAAUGAAAGUCUGUUAUCUAGGUAUUUUGUGUUCUUCAAUAAAUAUUGAACACUUA